AUGGCCGUCCAACGCAGAGUAUUGAUUGUGGUGUUCGACGGCCUCCAGCCGGCGCAGGUCACCCCGGGGUUGAUGCCCAACCUGGCGAAAUUCGCCGGCGGGGGCGUCACCUUCGCAAACCACCAUCCGGUGUUCCCGACGGUGACCAGGGUCAACGCGUCGAGUCUGGUCACGGGGUGUACGCCCGGGCGGCACGGAUUGGCGGGCAACACCUUCCUCUGUCGAGAAUACGAUCCGCACCGGGUGAUACCGGCGCUGGAACCCACGUUGCAGGAGAUCGCCGAUUCCACCGGUCGCACACUGCUGGUGCCAACACUGGCCGACCUGCUGGGCGAACACGGUAUGGAGUACUUUGCGGUUGGCACGGGCACCAGCGGCAACGCCUACGUUCACAACCCGAAUGCGGCGACGGCGGGCGGGGCGACCAUACAUCCCGAUUUCACGUUGCCACGGUCGCUGCAAGCCGAACUGACCGAACGGUUCGGCGAUUGGCCGGCUCAGGAUCUGCCCAACACGGCGCGCCUGGUUCACGCGAGACGCAUCCUGACGGACUUCAUACUGCCCGAACGAGAUCCGGCGGUGGCGCUGCUGUGGUCGUCGGAACCGGACAAGACGCAGCACGAAGACGGCGUGGGGCUCGGCAGGACGCCGCAAGCCCUCGCGGAAGCCGAUGCCGAGUUCGGCGAGCUCCUGGCCUGGAUGGAGGCGAAUGGCCGCGCUGACACCACGGACGUUUUCGUCGCAUCGGACCACGGAUAUUCCACCAUCAGCGAGGUUGUGCGCGUGGAGCAAUUGCUGCGCGACGCCGGUUUCGCGACGAUAGACCGCCCGGGCGGCGUGGCGGUGGCGGCCAACGGCGGGUCGGCGUUGCUGUACGUCAACGACGGCGAUCAGGCAACGGCCGAGACGCUGACCACGUGGCUGGUUGGGCAACCCUGGUGCGGGCCGCUUUUCGCGUCGGAGCGCGUUGGACAUCCGGCGGGCACGCUGCCGACCGCGCUGCUGGGAUGCGAAGGGCCACGCUCGCCGGACCUGAUCAUGUCCUUCCCCUGGCUGAGCACCGACAAUUCGGCGGGUUAUGCGGGACAUGCUCCCGCCACGGGAGGCGCGGUCGGUCAGGGUCAGCACGGCAGCCUCAGCCAACAUGAACUGCGGAACACUGGGCUGGCCGGCGGUCCUUCGGUCAAGCGGGAAACCGUCAUCGAGACGCCCACCGGCAACAUCGAUCUCGCCCCACGAUCUUGCAUCUCCUGGGUCUGGACGCCGAGGCCGGCAGCGAUGGACGGCAGAGUGCUGUUCGAAGCAUUGGAAGGCGGCUCACCGGCGCCGGCGCCGAACCGUCAGAAGCAUGAAGCGGAGCGACCCGGAUUCCGCCAAGAGUUGCAAAUCAGCGCGGUGGGCAUGACGAAGUACGUUGACUGGGGCAACCGGCUAUAG